UAGCUACCAGUGACAAACAGUUAAUUGAGUAGUUUAUAAAACAUUUCAUCAAUAGUAGAUAUAAUAAUCAAGUUGAAAAAAAAUGUCAUACAAUAAUUCGACACCACAUUCGGAAAUUUUUCAUUAUGGAUAUUCUACAAACACCUCCACGUAUCACUAUAUACAAGAUGGUGGCUCGCUGAACGGUGAUGACUCGAAUUUUUGGUCAAGCAGCCCCCGAUCAGACUCACCAUCACCAACAAAUAAUGUUCAAAAUCCCUUGGUUGGUUCUUAUUCUUAUUUUGCUGGAACAUCUAACAAAGUGUCUUCUCAGCAACGACUAUCUCACUAUAGAAAUACCUAUACUCCUAAUACCUGUGUAGCUGAUGAGACCUUGCAACACGUUCAAGUUCCUUUUGUAAGGGUGGUAAAACGGAGAACAACGGCAAAUAAGAAAGAACGUCGCCGUACGCAAUCCAUCAAUAACGCUUACGCCGAUUUACGUGACUGCAUUCCAAAUGUUCCACCAGAUACCAAAUUAUCUAAAAUUAAAACAUUAAGAUUAGCUACUUCCUAUAUUAAUUACCUUGUAAAAGCUCUGGAAUCAGAUGAUCCAGCGCCCGGAAGUUUUACAGCAGAAUUAGGUACAAUGAGUAAAAAAUCAACAAAUAAUACCGUUAAUGAAUGCACAAAUGAACAAAUCUCAUCAAAAGGCGAUAUUGGGGAAGAUAUGAUCAAGACGAGAAAGGCAAAAGGGCGAACAGGUUGGCCCCAGCACGUGUGGGCCCUGGAGUUGGAGCAAGAACAAGCGCUGUAACGGGGUAACGGGAUGUAUGUUCAUGUGCUUUAUAACCUGGAAGUGUAUCUUAAAAGUCAUUUCAUUUGUAGAAAUUUCCUGAAAUUGUAUAUAAUAUAUCUAUUUUAGUCUACCGCGGCCACAUGGCCCCUAGUGUAUACAGACACAUUCACCUACACCUUAGGAAUUAUAUACAUAUAUAAUAUAAUUAUCCAGUUUAUUAUUAGACAUUUACAUUUCACGAAUGUUUUUUUUUUGUUGUGAUUGUUGUUAUUUAUACCCUUAUACAAAUAAUAGAAUUUCAAUAAAACAU